UCUACGCAGACUCUCGGCAGUCCGGGCACACAAUCUGUACCGUUGGCCCGCCGGACGCUAACCUAGGUUAUCUGAAUAUCUAACAGAAUUAUUCAUUGUAUCGAAAACUGAAACGAAAAUGUCUUGGAAGGAGGGAUCCUGGUGCUCUGUUUGUGCCAUGGUCUUGGCUCUGAUUUUGCUGGAGGCUGUUAUUGCACAGGCUAAGAACUUUGAGGAUGUGCGCUGCAAGUGCAUUUGCCCUCCAUACAGAAACAUCACAGGACACAUCUACAACAGAAAUGUCUCCCAGAAGGAUUGUAACUGCCUCCAUGUGGUGGAGCCUAUGCCAGUGCCUGGCCAUGAUGUGGAGGCUUACUGCCUCUUGUGUGAGUGCAAGUACGAAGAACGCAGCAGCAACACCAUCAAGGUGACUAUCAUCAUCUACCUGUCUGUGGUGGGUGCCCUGUUGCUCUACAUGCUGUUUCUUCUGCUGGUGGACCCUCUCAUCCGCAAACAUGACCCCUAUACCCAGCCCCUGCACAACGAGGAGGACUCAGAGGAGAUGCGUCCACAAGUUGAUGGCACCCAGGGCAGGGGCAACACAAUGCUGGAACGAGUUGAGGGGGCACAGCAACGCUGGAAGAAGCAGGUCCAAGAACAGCGCAAGACUGUUUUUGACCGCCAUAAGAUGCUUAGUUAAAAUGUUAAGUUUACCUCGGACCAGGGUUAGAGACACUCACCUGGUUCAGUUUGCACUGUUGCGCUGUCACCAGGUGCAUUGUUGAUAUGACUAAUCCUUUACUCAGUUCAGUGCACUUUAUGUAUUACCAAUUUACCCAUUUAGAAAUCUGGGUAUUUAUGAACGUUGAUCGACCAAGAAAUUAUUUAUUUAAUUGGUUAAAGCAAAGCAGUGUAGCCCAAAUUAUCAUUUGAACUGCUAGUUUACACAGUCUGAAUGGAUUCAGAAUCAUCUCAAACAUUUUAGCAAGCUUGGAAAUUAUCGCUUUACCAAGAGCAAACCAAUAGGUACACGAUGUCUCUAUAAUGCAAACCGUCAUAGCGAUUGCUGUGAAACAAUUUCUAAGCUUUCCCAUAUUAAACAUUACCUGCCCUGUUAUUGAAUCACUUAGCAAUUUUUCUUGCACCUCAUUGUUUUUGAUGAUACUUUAGGACAAGUACAUUGUUUGCACUGGCUCACGAUAAGGCAAUCGCACCUUGCUUUCUGACAGCUAUUGCAAAACCAUGCACACAUAGUUCAGUACUAAUUCAUUUUAUGCCCAGCUUGUAGCUUGUGGUUUGCAACAGUUGUUAUGUUUUGAUAUAAUUUGGACUCGAAUAAUUUAAGGCAUGCUUAUUACUUAUUUAUGCCUUGGAAAUGUGACUACAUAGAACUUACCACUGCUACCCUUUCUAAAAGAGCCUUACAAGUUUUCCUUGAUGAUUUAAAUGUGAAUGUUUAAAGCAGCUGUAAUUAGCUAGUGUUAUUAUACAUUAUACAUCAGUCGAUCCCUGCUCUCAUUCCAAUAACACUGUGGCUCUCUUUUGGGAAGUUUUCAAAAAAGGCUACACUCACCCCUUUACCUCACAAUGUCAUGAGGUGAACUGGUUUAAUUGUUUAUUUAUUUUUCUUUGUCUUUGAUCACUGGAAUAAUUGCGUAAAUUUUGACAAAGUCGUAUCACUGGUAAGAUAUCUUGUUUUGCUUAAGUAGUUUUUUAUCGUUCUUUUUUUCCCCCUCCUCUGUAACUGGAUUAUCAUUUAAUAUUAAAUGAUUUUGCUCACUUGUG